AGUGAUCCACUGACCAAUACUACUCUUAUUUACACAAACUUGAAUUAGAGGUAAAGAUCUAAAAAUAACCAGUUGGUCAAAACUGAUUUUACGUAAGGUGCAAAACUCAAACUGUAAAUUUAUUUAUUCAUAAUUUUUUGCCCUAAAAGUGACUCUUCUUCUCUGUACUUCAGAGUAGAAGUGUUGACAUGUGAUGACUUGUAGCAGCACUGCGUCUGGUUUGGCAGUCAGCUUGAAUCAGGAAGUCUCAGAGGGAACAUGUGGUUUGGCUGUGCUUCUGUCAGGGAAGAAGAGCUGCAGGUUUAGAGCGAGGAACACCUCUGUCCUCUUGUGCUCCAAACAGAAUGAACAAAUCUUGCACAGGCAUCAACUUUAACUUUGAAAAGCAGUUCCUGCCUCCCGUCUACUCCUGCGUGUUCAUCGUCGGGCUGCUUGCUAAUGGAUGGGCACUCAAGUGUUUGCUGCAGAACUGGAAGAAACUCGGAUGUGUCAACGUCUUUGUUCUUAACCUCGGACUUGCUGACAUUCUCUACCUGCUCACCCUUCCGUUUCUCAUGGUGUACUACAUCAAAGAUGAAUGGAUAUUUGGACAAACUGCCUGUAAGAUUACGAGAUUUCUUUUCAGUGUGAACUUGUACUGCAGCCUUGCAUUCCUCACCUGUAUCAGUGUGUACAGGUACCUGGCCAUAGUGCAUCCGAUGAGAGUGCACGGAAGAAUGACUGUGACUCGUUCAGUAGCGAUCUCAGCUUUGGUUUGGACCUUGGUGAUUGUUCAAAGUUUCCCAGAUGUCUUCUAUCUCAAAACAAAUGCAAACAAGUCUGGCUGCUUUGACACCACCGCCACGGAGUAUGUUGAGGAUUACAUGAGGUACAGCCUGGGGUGGACUUUCACCGGCUUCGUUAUCCCGUCUGUCAUCACACUGGGCUGUUACGGACACAUAAUUGUUGUUCUCUGCCGCAAAAAUAACGUGGAUAAAGCGUUAAAGGGAAGAACCCUGAAGCUGAUGAUCGUCUUGAUCGUUCUCUUCUCUGUUUGCUACAUUCCCUAUCAUGUCUUCAAGAAUUUAAACCUCUGGUCAAGAGUUCUGCAGAAACAAGACAAAUGCUUCAGAUGGUUCAAUGGGGUCUACAUCACACAUCAGAUGUCUCGGGGUCUCGUGUCUCUGAACAGUGCUCUAAAUCCACUGGUUUACCUCUUCGUCAGUGAGGACAUAGCUGUUCAGAUCAGAAAACUGCACGAUGGAUUUCGUCGACUUUCCUCUAUUCUGUUCACUAAUGGUCAAAACUAUCCUUUGUCUGUCUAAAAUGUUUGACUGUUUUGUUUUCUCUCCUUCUGCAGAUCAAAAACCUGUAAUUAUCACUGAAGUUAACUGCUGGAUCGAGCAGAAAAAUCUUUAACACUUUACUAACUGUAAAAGUCUGUUCAUGGAAUGACACAGCAAGCCAGAUUCCAGAACAAACUUCACCCAACAAACUAGUCUUAUUGACGUUUAUACUGAUGUAUUAGCAGGUUAUUACUGUAAGGUUAAGAAAAUGCAAUAUUAUAAUUGUUAUAAAUAUUAGUGUGUGGACGAUAAAAUCCCGGAUUGUUCUGAUGGUCCGAUUGACUCCGAUUGGUCUCAGACGUGUGGCGUUUUUGAGUAUCUCAUCGUUUGGUACAAAUGACUGGUUUGUUUAGCUUCUCUUUUUUUUAAGGAAACCAGCAGUACUUUAGAUUGUAAAGAUUUCAAAAGAGGCUCUAAACUACUUUUUUUCAAGAACAACAGCCUAAAACUCAAAUGUCUAUUAAGCCAUUUUGUAACAGUGCAGAAUGAAAGAUAGCUGCACUCAAGAUAAUAGAUUUAUUUAAUCCUGGUGACAUAUCAGUGACUGAUAAGAAUAUCCAUAUAAAUUAAUAUUAUAUGUGAAUCAAGGCUUUAAGCUUCCUUUUGUGUUUCCUUGUUUAGGUUGUGUUUUUUUGUUGUUGUUGUUCUUAAAUUGUUUUAUUUUAUUUAAAAUAUUACAUUCUAAUGUAUUUGUUCAUAAGUUCUCGAUGCUCUCUGCUCUAUGAUAAAUAUGAUCAAAUACUGACACCUUGAGGACA